ACUGUAUGAAAAUGUAUAUUGCAUUAAUAUUUUUUAUUUUAUAAAUGUACAGAUAAAUUAGGAAACAUUGUUUUGUCAUAUUUUAAACACACGCCAGUGACGUGUUAGUGUUGCGUUUUUAGGGACGCUGUCCCUUUAAGAGGCACCGGGGGGUGUGUCAGGCACGUGGACAAAGUGUUGCUUUUUGACCGCUCGUGCCAGAAACCUUCACGUGAAUGACAACUUAUGUGACAUUGGACUGCUGUGCUCUUCUAGGACACAUUUUAACUCUUAAAUGACCUUAAAUCAGAGAAAUAGACAUACCGGUCGAGUAUUGUUAGUUUUGGCGAGUGUAGUUUCUAUUUUUGUUGUCGUUACAGUUAAGUUUUUAAGCUAGCCGGCAGGUUUACGCUGAAAACAUCGCGAGAUUUGGAGCAGUACGCGAGAAACAAAAGUUAACAAGUGUUUCUUGCCCUCGCAUGAUGUACACCAUCACCAGAGGUCCAAGCAAAUUGGUGACCCAGCGGCGUACAGGGCCUACACAGCCGCUCGAAAACAAAACCAACGACUUCAAGCACAAGCAGGCCUCGUGGAGUUUGCCCGAGCUCCCUGCACCCAAGAUUGUGUUUAACCGCCCCAACGGCAAGAAGUACCAUCAGCUUCCCCCGAGUCUUCCCACAGACCCUCAUCAGGACGGGGGACUGACGGCGGCCCAUGAGGACAACGUUAAGUUUGUACAUGAAGCGUGGCAGCAGGUGGUCCAGCAGGGGGCCCAGCAGGGAGUCCAGCAGGGAGCAGAGGUGCUCCACUUUGAAGACCACACUCCCAGCCCUCACAUGGACGACUUCGUGGCCCUGGAUCUGGAUGAGUGGUGGGCCCAGCGCUUCCUGGCCAACAUAGACAAGCUGUCCUGACCUUUCUCUGAAGGUUCUGGAUCUUGAUGAGGUCUCGGGUCAGCGGCCCCACGGGGAUGGAGAGGGCCAGCAGCAGCAUGGGCGCCCCCCCCCCCCCCACCCCC